UCAAGCAAACAUUUCGAGUGGAGUUUAAAUUUGAUGAAAAAAACAUUUUGCCUGGAGUUUAAAUUUGAUCAAGAAAGCAUCGUGUCUGGAGUUUAAAUUUGAUGAAAAAAACAUUUUGUCUGGAGUUUAAAUUUGAUGAAAAAAACAUUUUGUCUGGAGUUUAAAUUUGCUCAUAAAUAAGUUUGAAUCCAACGCCUUGAAGCAUGUCGCCAUAUUUGUUGGGCUAUUCCAUGCUAGUGUGUGUCCUGAGCGUGAGUCAUGUCGCACACAGUCUGACCAGCAGUGAGUACCUUCAGCUGAGGGAGGAAAUUUUACUCAAGGAAAAACAGCGGAUGUUGGGAGGGCAAAUCACGCUCACGCCAGACGAGCAGUUAGUUAAUCAGAUCCUCAUGAAGGAGAAAACACAACAAAUCGAGGACAGCCGCUACAAGAAUGUUCCCUUCUUGGCCGCUCAGAAUUUCCUGGACGUCAAGGAACGGAUAGAGAAUACGGAGGUGUACAACAUUAUUCACCGGAUGCCUAAAGGUGGCGCCCUACACAUCCACGACAUAUCGUCAGUUGGCGCAGAGUGGUUGAUCACAAACGUCACAUACAGGGAUGACAUAUACAUGUGCGUCACUGAAGCGGGGGACAUACGAUAUCAAGCCUUUUUGGACCCGCCCAGUCAAUUAGACUGCCAGUGGAAAUCUGUACAGGCUGAAAGAUGGUCAUCUCCAGAUGUUACACAGUUCGAUGAGAAAUUAAUCAACAAUAUUGUGCCGAAACUCAACAACUUCUGCUCAGACAAAACAGACGAGCUUCCCAUAGGGUCAAUAGCGAGGUAUUUGGCUCAGGCGCUGCCAUUGAUCACCUACCUGCCGGUGUUUAUGGAUUACUACAGAAAGACUUUGGAGGAUUUAAGAUCAGAUAAUGUCCAAUACCUGGAGCUGCGAUCUUCAAUAAGUCAGGUUUACGACAUCGACGGAAAAAUCUACGACAAGGAGCAGAUUGUCAUCAUCCUCAAACGGUUGACGGAAGAAUUUGUAAACAGAUACGAUGGCUUUAUCGGCGCUAAAAUUAUUAUCACAGGAGACAGAACAGCAAGUAAAGAACAAAUGUUGGCAGACGUCAAGUCCGCUCUAGAUUUACACCAGAGAUACCCCGACUUCGUGGCCGGCUUUGACCUCGCCGCGUCCAGCGGUAACUACAACCCUGUGGUGUAUUACAUGGACGCUCUGCUGUACCCCACCAACCUUGACCCCCCGGCCACCCUCCCGUACUUCCUACACGCUGGAGAGACGAAAUGGUUUGGUGUAGAACUUGACCAGGAUAUUCUCGAUGUUUUGCUGUUGAACACAACACGUGUAGGACACGGGUUUACCUUGUCAAAACAUCCAGAGUACGUCGAUAUCAUUAGAGACAGCAACAUUGCUGUAGAGGUUAACCCUAUAUCCAACCAGAUUUUGUGUCUGGUAUCUGACCUCCGCAGCCACCCCAUGGUCGGGCUGAUGGCAGACAACCUCCCUGUCGUCAUCAGCUCGGAUGACCCUGGCAUCUUCCGCACUGACCCCCUGUCACAUGACUUCUACAUGGCAUUCAUGGCCAUGGCACCAAAAUCUGGAGACUUGGCGUUCCUCAAACAGCUGGCCAUCAACUCCAUACAGUACAGUGCUAUGUCUGCAAGAGAAAAGGAAGCCGCCUUUGUCCAAUGGACUUCCAGUUGGGAUAUAUUUAUACAGAGUGUUGUCAAGGAAAUAUCUCAAGCUCCGCAAUGAAUAAUCAAACUUUACCUUCUAUCAAACGCUAUGCAUUUUGUAAAUAAUUCUUUCUAGAAAACUAGUACUUUUUAAUGGUAAGAACUUUCAAUAAAUAAAUAAAAUCGGACUGUUUAUUUUGUUGCAUGUAGUAAUUGGAGCAUAUGUGUUUUAUAUUACAAAAUGUAAUCGACAGCGGGGAAAUAUUGCACUAGGCCCUAUCAGUGGCGUAGCGAGGUCGGGUGUCACCCGGUGCGGCACUUAAUGGUGUCACCCC